ACAGAAGUAAACAUGGAGCUCUCUGCCGUCGGGGAGAGGGUCUUUGCGGCCGAGUCUAUCAUUAAACGACGCAUAAGAAGAGGUCGAAUGGAAUACCUUGUCAAAUGGAAAGGCUGGUCUCAAAAAUACAGCACCUGGGAGCCAGAGGAAAAUAUUCUGGACGAACGUCUCUUCGCUGCUUUCGAAGAGAGAGAACGUGAAAGAGAAUUGUUCGGUCCAAAAAAGAGAGGACCUAAACCAGAGACUUUCUUAUUGAAGGCGAAGGCUAAAGCGAAAGCUAAAAAUUAUGAAUUCAGAAGAGAAAUGUCACGGGGAAUGCGAGUUUCGUUCCCUGUUGCUGAGCCUGUUGUUACACCUCGAGCUCGCGAAGGGUUGCGGACCGUGGUUCCCACAAUUUUCCCCCCAAGUACAGUCAACAGAGGCGAAAGUGUUCGCGUCCGACCACCGGAACCAGAGAGAAGACCCAGACCAGCUGGGCAGACAGCACAAGUUGCUGCAGACUUUAUUAAUGUACCGAAAAAAAGAGGGCCAAAACCGAAGUUACGCUUCAGUGUCAGUGCAAGCAACAGUCCCUCUUCCGAAUCAACUAAGAGGAGGGCAGACGAACCUAUUCCUUAUAGCCCUUCUAAACUUGGAAGGCCUAGUCACUUUCAGGGAGAACCGUCGAACUGUAGUGUAAUUCAUUUAACUCAGAAGUUUCACGCAGUAUCCAGCACUGUUCAAAAACAACUGGGAACUGGAUCAAGUGGAAGCGCUGCAGUUCAAGAAAGCUCAAUGCGAAAAGACAUUUUGGGACAUCGAAAAGAUUACCUAAGUAGUGGUUCAAGCCAGCAAACCAAGACGAAACACCUGUCUAAAAACAAUUUACUUCUGUCAAGUGACGUGCAUGGGGAUCAGUCAUCUUCUACAGUCCAGGCGGAAACUAUUUUUCAAGAUGAAACAGAGGAAUCUUGGACCCCAUGUUUGAAAAACAUGGAGAAAGUGGUCGUGACAGAUGUUACAAGUAACUUUCUGACUGUGACGAUUAAAGAAAGCAGCACAGAUAAAGGGUUCUUCAAAGAGAAGAGAUGAUCGCAUUUUCUGUUUUUCUAACAAAUGUAAAUAACUGUCAUUACUGAAAUAUCAAUAUUGUAACCAUUAACAAUUUACUUUUCUGUAUAAUUUCUAUAGAGCUGUACAGUAUCGUCUUACAAUCAUG